AUGAAAAGAAUCUCUACUGAAUUCUAUUUAAUUAUUCUACUUCUUCUAUUAAUAUUUUUUGUAAAUAUAUCCCAUAUAGUUUAUUUAAUUAUACGUAAACAUAAUAAACAAAUUCAAUCCGUUCGUUUAAUACUAAUUAGUUCAUCUUUAUCAUCAUUAAUUGUAUCAUUAUGGCUUAUUCCAUGUUUUUAUUUUCGUACAAUAUGGCCACCGGACUCAAUGUCAUGGCGUCUAUGGUCAUUUGCUUUUCACAUUGUUGAUGCUGUUCAACUUUAUUCUAUUCUAUUAUUAAUAACUAUCCGAUCGUUUCAACGUAUAUUUAUUUGUUUUAUAUGGCUAGCACCAAUAAUUACAUACUCACCAUUAUUAUGGUUGAGUUCUCUACAUGAUGAAAUCGAUUAUUUACCUUAUCGAAAAUUAACGUUGAAUGUACCUUGGUGGAUAUUUCCGAUGGUUUAUUUUGGCAUGUAUGCCAUUCCAUUAAUUAUUUCAUUUGCAUUAAGUAGCAUUCAUAUUUGUUGGCCCUUAAUAAAUAAUUAUUAUUAUAGAAAAUAUAAGAAAAAUAUUGAUCGUAAUCAAAAUAUUGAUGAACACCAUCAAGAUAUGAUAGAAUUAAAAAGUCUUAUUGAAACUGUAUUUAAUUUUCAACUAGAACAAUCCGACAAUAAAACGAAGAAAUUUAAUACAUGUAUAUCUUCAAUUUCAAAGCCAUUAUCGAAAAAAUUCAAUCGAUCAUUAUCAUGUAAAGCUGAUCAACAUGAAACUUUUCCUCUAUUUGAUGAAUUUUCAUCAUCUCCAUUAAGUUGUUCAUCAUCAAUACAAACAAAACAUUGUAUUGAACAGCCACUUAAGUCUGGCCUAUUAUUUGUUGUCACAUGUCUUUUAUUACUCGUUCAAUUACCAUAUAUACUUUCAUCUCUUUUUGAUGUAUGCUCACUACAACUGACAAUAUUUAUUUACACACACUGGGUUGGUACAAUAAUAACACCAUUGAUACAUAUUAAAUAG